AUGCCUCCCCCCACCGUGCCCUUCUUCCUCACCUCCACCACGCUCGCCACGGCCGCGAAAACGCUCCGGCAGCAGCCACCGGCGCAGCCGCAGCCGCAACCGCCGCCAUGCGACGCGCAAACCCCAGCCGCGUCGUACACCGCGCGGAUGCGGCUCAACCCGCGCCUCGCGCUGCGCCUCUUCGACCACCUCCUCCGCUCCGGCGCCGACCCGGACCCCAUAUCCUACGCGCUCGCCCUGGCCCGCUGCGCGCGGGACCGGGCCUACCCCGCCGCCGCGCAGCUCCACGGGCACGCCACGAAGCGCGGGGCCGGAUCCCACCGCCGCGUGCGCAACGGGCUCAUCCACGCCUACUCCGUCUGCGGGGUGCUGCACGACGCGCGCAAGGUGUUCGACUACGGGCCCGAGGCCGACAUGGUCGCCUGGAACAGCCUGCUGCGCGGGCACGCGCAGGGCAGGGACGCGGGGGCGCUCCGGGAGUUCUUCACGGACAUGCCGGCCCGGGACUCGGUCUCGUGGAACACGGUCAUCGCAUGGUGCGUUGCGAAUGGGGAGUGUGAGGAGGCGGUCGCGGUGUUCCGGGAGAUGCUCGCGUGCCGGGAGUGCCAGCCUGACAGGGUGACGUUGGUGAGCGUCAUCUCGGCGAUCGCGUACCUGGGAGCUCUUGCGCAGGGCCUCUGGGCCCAUGCAUAUGUUUGCAGGAAACGGAUUGAGGUCGACGAGAAGUUGAGCUCAGCCCUCAUAACCAUGUACUCAAAGUGCGGUUUCAUCGAGGGUGCAGUUUAUGUGUUUGAAAAUUCGUGUUCAUUACGGAGCGUGGAUACUUGGAACGCAAUGUUAGCUGCUUUCACGGCAAAUGGCUACAGUGGAAGAGCUCUGGAGCUUUUUACUAGAAUGGAGUCAACAGGGUUCGUGCCUAACAAAAUUACGUUUAACAGCGUACUGAAUGCUUGCAGCCACGGGGGAUUUGUUGAGGAAGGUAUUGCUUGUUUCGAGAGAAUGACCAGUUCACAUGGUAUUGCGCCCGACAUUGCCCACUAUGGUUGCAUGGUGGAUAUAUUCUGCCGUGCCGGGAUGUUUGAGAAGGCGGAGCAGAUGAUCCAGAUGAUGCCAAUGGAGCCAGAUGCUGCAGUGUGGAAGGCCCUAGUUGGUGCUUGUAGAACCUACAAGAACUUUGAGUUGGGAAAGAAAGCAGGCCACAGGCUUAUUAAGGCUGCACCGAAUGAUCAUGCAGGGUAUGUGUUGCUAUCCAACAUUUAUGCGCUGGAUGGCAACUGGAAGGGAGUGCAUAAGGUGAGGAAGCUGAUGGUGGAUUGUGGAGUGCAGAAGGUACCUGGAAGUAGCUCAAUAGAACUUGAUGGUGUUAUUCAUGAGUUCAUAUCUGGAGAUAAAAGUCACUCAAGGAAGAGGGACAUAUACGAGAUGCUAAGCGAGAUAUGCCUGCAGUUGGAAAUUGCCGGAUAUGCUCCAGACACUUCACAAGUAUUGCUGGAUAUUGAUGAUGAGGAUGUGAAAGAGAGUUCACUUACUCUUCACAGCGAGAAGCUUGCAAUUGCCUUUGGGCUGAUCAGCACUGCACCUGGGACGCCUAUUAGGGUUGUAAAGAAUCUCCGGGUCUGUGGAGACUGUCAUAACGCGAUAAAACUUCUAAGCAAGAUUUAUGGGAGGUGCAUAAUUGUUAGGGAUGCAAAUCGAUUUCAUUAUUUCAGAGAAGGGUCUUGUUCUUGCGGAGAUUACUGGUAACCUUUCGGAUGAGCUUCAGUUCAGUUCUGUUUAGUUUUUACUUGUUGCAAAGAAAUAUAUUGCAUGCUAGAAAUGUUUUGGCAAUUAUUAUAGUUAUAAAUGUAAAUUUGAGAAAGAUGUAAAUGUGCCAUGAGGCUCUUGA